AAAGGACAUUGCAAUUUGCAAUAUUCUUGAGCUCACAUUGUGCCUAUAUAUACCCCCUCUUCCCUCUUACAAAUCUUUCUUUUCUCUCCUCUCUUGCCUGGCCCUCCCUUGGAGCAGAGCCCUGCAAAGGUCCUGCUAUCUGAGGAGUGUUUGCUAGCACCAAGUGGCCCAUUUACUGCAUGUACUAUCUAUUUGUAUAAUUAAUCAUUGUUUGUUUACCACUUUGCUUACUUUCAUUCAUAAGACUUCUCGACACAAACUCGAAACGGCAGUUGAAGUUUACUGUUUGCAGACAAUUACUAAAGGGGAAUGGUGACAUGAUGGAAGUCAACAGCAGAAGAACUUCCCACAGCAACGACAAGAAACCUUUGGAAAAUUCUACACCUUCCAACCAACAGAAAAAGCCCACAGAGAAUAGCCCGACUAGUUCCGUAUUUGUUAAUCAUGCUGCGAUUGCAUGGAACGAGGGCAGAAGAAAAUGGGUUGGAAAUGCAUCCCAGAGGUCGGGAAGAACGUCCAAGGAUCAAAUUAUAAGCUGGUCGACGACCUACGAAGACCUGCUCUCAAACCACGACCCAUUCCCUGAGCCAAUUCCGUUACCCGAGAUGGUCGACUUCUUGGUUGAUAUCUGGCAAGAUGAGGGGCUCUUUGAUUAGAUAAUCUUAUUGAAGUUAGUUUCGGGCCACCAACUCGGGCAGAAAGAUCAGAAUUGUUCGUGGGAUGAACGUUCUCCGACUCCAUGUUGCAGAAUUCACUGUAAACAUUAACUAAACCAAGAAAAAGACUCUUGCUCUUCAAACCUUCGGUUGCUCGGAGAACCUCAUUCAUGGUUGUUGUACAAUAUAUGAGUUGAUCAAACUUGUAGUCCUAAUCUUAUAGUUUGUUAGCUUGCCUUCUUAGAAUACCAGAAGUGCUGACAACCGAAUAUUUGAGCAGUAAGUUUAGCAGUUUGUGUCUAAAAGUUGUUGUAUCAUUGUCGUUUCAA